AUGGAAGACUGGAUGCCCGAUGACCACGACAUCGACAUCUUGGUCGACAUCGACAACGCCAUUACGUCCAAAGGAGAGGCAACAAAGCAGCCUGACGCGGAAGGACGGACGAUAUCUCCACAGUGUGGACCACCACAAGAGGACUUUGCAUCGGACGAAGACUCCAGUGAUGGCGAAGACAACCUCGAACUCGCGUUGGAGCAGAGUCAAAACGACUCGGACGUGGUCAAGCGUCUUCGUCAUCGCUUGAUUUCGCGUCGGUCGCGACACAAGAAGAAGCGCGAGCUCGUCGACCUUGCUGAGACUGUGUACGCGCUAGAACGUCAGUACCAUGCGCUGCAAUCGUCCUUCCCAAGUCUCCACACCGCGGACACGUCGACUUUAGCCAAGCAAUCCCAGUACAGGAACCUCUUGCAGCUCGCCGACCAACUGCGAGUUGAAAACAACACGUUGCAGCGCGCCAUCGACAAGCUCAGCGCAUUCGCGUCGUCCGUGCAGGCUUCCACUGCCGCCGCCGACACUUGGACCUUGGACAAUAUUCACUCGAUGACCGUGUGUGACUUUGCUGCAUUUCGACCGCUCUCAGUCGAUCAAUGCCACGACAAACUAGCGCGGAUGCUGCGCGAGAUGUCAGCGUUCGACGUCCCCUCCACUGCGACAACCUACAACAACUUUAUCGACGGGUGGACCGAUCGACGCGACGUCGCAGCGACGCGCCUUGUCAUGAAAUCAUCCAAGUCGAUUCCAGCCAGCAGCGUCGACGGCCUCCUCGACCGGACGUGGCACAUGCUCACGCACGCGAGUCGGCUCCAGCACGUCCUGCCCUUUCUUCGCAAACUCGACGUUCUCCAGGCGCUGCCUCCAUCGCCAUUGUACAAUCACGCGGUUAUUGUCCGACGCGACUUUCAAUUCCGUCGGCAGCCUCGUCAACUGCGCCGCGUCCACUACACGACGCUCCUCGUGGUGUGGCACAAGUCGACUGAGAGCCGCCACCGUCUCACAAGUCAAACCAUCGAUCAACCCGUAACAGAGCAAGCGCUCGGCGACGGCGAGACAUGGAUGAACGAGUGCCUUCAACUCGAAAUCCAACCGGUGGUCGGCGCCGAUGCGUCCGUGGCCCACAUCUCCGUCCAAGGAUGGCAGAUCCACGCGCGGCCAUGCGACGCCCAGGCUGCGCUCGUGAGCACCCUCCAGGCACUCUUGACGUGGGAUCGCGCCGUGCUCCCACCUUGUUAACAUGAAUGCGUCAGAUCCUCGU